AUGAGGUGCGAUGAGCCACAUCGGCGUUUCUCUGUCGCGAAAUGAGCUCGAUGCAAAUACCGGAAAAGCCCGCUGCUCUAAUUGUCCCUGCUCGCUCACCGUCGUUGGCAGGAUGUUUUCACAUGACUUCGCUUGUGAUCCGCAUUACUUAACUGCUCGGUUUUAAGUCUCCGGAUGACUGAAAAGAACAGGGAAAUGGAUGAAAGGAGCCGUUUUUAAAUUUUAUGUGACAGAGUUUUGAAAAGAAAAACGCGUUUACAUUUCUGCCUGGAACUUGUUGAUUUCCUGUUAAUGCCGCGAAUCGUUGGGUCACAAAAAGCUGUUGUGCGAUUAUGGCCGUCUUGACAAGAACGUAAGGGAUGGAAGAUGGGGAGAUGGCGCGGAGCAAAGCAGGGCUGCCUGUAAACCAAUGAGAGUGACUGCUUCCUGUCCAUGAUGGCUGAGUCCACCACACUCGAGCCCAGGUGGUGCAGUUACUUCUUUCUGUAUGAUGGGUCAAAGGUCACAGAAGAAGGUGACCCUACCAGAGCUGGCAUCUGCUACUUCUACCCAGAAGAGACGCCACUGGACCAACAGGAGCUGCUGUGUGGGCAGCUGGCUGGUGUCUGCAGGUGUAUCCAUGAGAUGUCCCGCUCACCUGCAAGGCUGGUCCGCCUGCGCAGGCGUAAGUUCGCCAUCCGCAUGCGAGGAGACUUCCUGUGGGCGCUGGGCUGUACCAUGGAUAUUCCAGAUGUCAGCGCCUGGGCUUUUCUGGAUCAUCUCAUCAGCCUUUUCCGUUUCUACAACGGCUCCAUACGGCAGAGCUACCAGCUACGCAGUAAGGAAGAGCUGGCGCCACAGUGGUCACAUUACCUGGAUCACUUGCAGGGUGGCGCCAGUGAGCUCCACCACAUCUUCAGCGCCUUGAACACCAUUGAUUCGACACAUAUCGACCCUCUGCUUCUCCUCAAGGCUGCACUCAUCCUGCAGGCGUGCCAGCGCUGCCCCUUAGUGGUCGCUGGCUGCAUCUCAUACCAUGGCAGGGUGGUCAGCACGCAGAUGCCCCCUGAGCUCACAGCUAUGGUGGUGGUCUGUCAGCGGGACCCUCAAAACCUGGACUUUGCACCUGUGGCCAAUGGGCUUGGUUCUGCUGGACCCCAAACCCCAUCUACCAGUGUCAAUUCCACAGCUGUGUUCCUGUCCCCCGCUGAGCUCCAUGCUCUACGGUACCCCCCGGUGGACCGGGUACACAGGUCUGUCAGCCACCCCCAGCAGACCACCUGCGCCGGCAAACCCCGCCUCCUGUCCCGCACCCUGUCCGACAUACCUGAGCCCACAGGCUUAGUGGCUCCCAGAGCAUCUUUUCAGACGAUGCUCUGCUCCACCGGCUCCUCCCUGUCUGACGAGGGCGGCUCUGCUCCCAGAGUUUCCCCAGAGCCCACCCAUCAUCCCUUCCCCAGCCCUGCCUCCGGGUCUGAUGGCCAGGCCCUUCCUCACUUUCUGGCCAAUCAAGAGGCCCAUCAGGCAGGAUGGCCCAAUGGGCUUCCAUUGCCCAGACCCGAAGAUCUGAGGAAUGAAGGAGACCUCCAAGGACAUACAUACAAGGACAGCAUGAGCUGUGACAACAAGGGUGAAGGGGCCACAGAGAAAAGGGGCUUCGUGAACCAGCUGGAGAAGCUCAGUUGUGUGGAGGACAGGGACGGCACGAGAGGGACAAAGGAGUCAGGGAAGGGCAAUCAGGAGGAUGACCACAAAACCUCUGAGCCUGUGGAGGAAGAGCUCCCCCUGGUGGCCAUGGCCCUGUAUCGUCACAGGGUCCGAGGACUGGUCCUGGCACUGCUGGUGGAGCCACACUUUCAGAACGAUGCCGUUGCCAUGGAGGAGGUGUACCACAGCAGCCUGGCGUCUCUGAACGGCCUGGAGGCUCACCUGUGCAGCACCGCCCUGGAGCCCUCCAGUGCACAGGGCUGCCCGUACACGUUCGUGCACUAUGACUGCCUGCAGAACACGCUUGCAACCAACCUGCCCUUCACGGGCCCUCCGGUCCCAGCGGGGGAAGCCCAGGGCACCGUGCUUGUGAAAGCUGCAGCCCUGCUGCACACACACUUCUCCCAGGAUGCCAUGCUGCAGGAGGUCAUCCUCAGGAACGCUGGAUCAGCUGUGUACGGAACUUGCAAUUCAGCCCAGGAGACCUAUUUUCUUCAGCAGGGGGCAACAGUGAGGAACUCUGGGGUUCCCAACCCACAGGACAGUGCCUUCUCCUUACCCACCAAGGCCAGACACAAGCUGCUGAAGCACGGGCUCAACCUGCUCUGACCCGUCUUCCUGCAGUGCCUAUUCGCAAUAGCAAUAAUAAUAAUAGUAGUAAUGCACCUGUUCACCUCCAUGAUCAAAUCCACCUCUUUGGUCUAUGACCAUAUCCACCUCAGUCUGUGGUCAAAUCCACCUCCUCGAUCUGUGAUCAAAUCCACCUCCUCGAUCUACACAACUGUUCACCUUCUCAAUCUAUGAUCAAAUCUACUUCCUCUGUCUAUAUGCUGAUGUGUAUAUCCUGUGAGUAUUUAUGCGAAGCUGCAGGUGAAGGAGCUGAUUAUUUGGCUGAUCAGGUAAAGCCUCAGGAAUUAUCUGCUCUGCUGUGGGAGGACAACGGCACGUAUUAUACUUACGCUGAAUCAUCUCUGUAAACUAAUGACCUGUAUGAAUAAUCAGUGGUGGAAAACUACAAACUGUGCAAGUGCCUUCAGAUAAAUGACAGGAGAGCCAAAGACAGGAAGACUCAUGCCAGUGAGAUAAAAACAUGAUGAAAGUAAUGUAAGACAGAAGUAACACUGAGUUUUCCCAAAUCCGGGCCAACCCAGCUUCAGAUCUCGGCCAUUGGGUUUCAUCUGACUUGCCGGAACCGAAAAAUUUGUGGCCUACAUUCAGAGGUCUUACCCUAAUAUAUUUAAUCCAGCCUUUUCCUGAGUAUUGUACCUUUAAAGGCCUAUACUUGGCUGUUGCAUUACAUGGUCAUUACAAAACAUUAGCAACAUGUAUUGCAGUUUAUCAGUUCAUGGAAAAGUCAAUAGUACAGUGACCUAAUGUGUUGUAAAGACACUUAUUACUGCUGCAUAUCUCAAUAACUGAAAUGGCUGAGUAACUGAUAUUUUUAAAACAGAAAAGGAGAUGGAAAAAUAUCUAAAAUAGACUUUAGCUAAGUGGAAGUUAUCUACCAACAGAGCAAGUCAAAUAAGUUGGUAUGGUUGCCAAUUAUUGCGCAUGUGCAUAUCGUGCAGAGUCUCGAUUUUUAUUCAGAGCCACUUGAAGUGACUGGGCCCCUGUUUUAACAGUCCUUUGUUAAUACUAUAUGUAUUUUAAGACAUUAUCUUUAUGUUCGCUCUUUAAAUCUGGCCUUCAAAAGCUGUGUUGUCAUUCCCUCUACGUGCUGCAUUUAUCUUAUGCUGCAAAUAAAGACACCAUUGUCACGUC